UGCUAUGAGGUGAAGUUCAUUUUUAAGAGUGUGUGACUGUUCGAGGACACUCACAUGAUACAGCUUGCGUUUUUAAACAGGAAAAAUCAGAACUCAUAGUCCAACACAACCGCCACACAACACGAGCCGUCCGAAACGGACGCCGGCGCUCCGUGGACGCCGGUUUUAACCGGCACUGCGGCACAGCCGCCGCGCUGUCGCCUGUUCGAGCGCUCGCGAACAAAUUUGAAAACAGCCAAUCAUCGCUCAGAAAACGAAUUCAUCCUCAUGGGAACCAAUCAGUAAUCACUAGCCACCGGAUGUCUCCAUGACGUUCAAUUUGUGACGUUUUCUGACGUCCGAUGACGUGAAACGCAUGAAGCGCCUCAUUUUAUCCCGCAAAGGAACUGGCGAGUUUCGGGCCCUUGGUGUCGCCGGCUUGAGCGCGCUAAAAGAAAGUUAUACUUCUGUAUCUGUCGCCACUUACUAUCAGGGUUUACAACUGCUUUUUCCCUUCGAAAGCACGUUCGGAGGUCAAAUUCAAAGCCAAAACAUUUUAUCCGACGAACCCCAGAUGGCGCCACUCCUUAUAUAACUUCCCCUCUCACCAGGAUAUCCCGUCUUUCCUUUCUUGACACCAUCGGAGGUCUGUCUGUUCAUCGCCGUCGCGCUCCCCAUUUUCCUUUUUUGUUUUCGGUCUUCAUAUUCAGACGAUGUCGACACCACAGACAGAAUUUCAGGCGGACCUCCGCGCUAUGGUGGAGAAUCUGACCGCAACGGUGGCGUCUUUGGCAAGUCGCCUACCGCCACUCCCGGAGCAGGAGGUGGACGUCAGUACCUUCUACCUGGAGGACGAUGCGGUCUCCAACCCGGUCUCUUCACGCCCUCCAACACCUACGGGUUCCCCUCCGCCUACAGGCCUAGAUGGGGAAGAUGAGGAGGUGGACUCGGAGGCACCCCCAGGUGCAGACAACUGGCUCACAGGCCUGGCCGGAGUUGGUCCUCGUGAGGUGUCUCCGGCCAUUGUUGAUUUUGUUCGGUCUCACUGGGGCCCAGAGGGAAGACCUGAACGCUGCCGUAAGGCUCUUGUUGAUUUCCCGCGCUUGAGACUUCCUUUCCUCAUUGUGCCUGAUCUCAACGUGGAAAUGAAGUCUUUGGUGCGGGAGGCAGCAAGGGACCGGAGGCGCACCGGCACGGAACCUGACCUGGACACAGGGGUGGGCCAAAGAGACCAGGCGCUCAGGGAUGCGCAAGCGGCCAUCUCAUCAGCCGUGAGCCCUCUGGUGGCCCUACUUGAAAAAUGUGCCGAUCAAGGGUCGGCACCAACGGACACCCUCGCAGGCUCCAACAGCCGUAUUGAGAGAAGGCUGGUGGCGGAUCACCUGGCAGCCUCCCUCUCCCAGCUGGGACGCUUAUUCGCCUUCCUGGGGAACGAGCGCCGGGAAAGCGUUCUCUUCCGGAUCGCGCCAGAGCUGCGAUCCUUCGGCACCCAGGGGUCUCGACCGGAGGAUGAAGGGGCUGACCAGCUCUUUGGAAAGUCCUUUCUCGAGCAGAUCAAGACCCGAAACGCCACUUUUCAAGCCCUCCGCGAGGCACGCCAGGGGACCGCCCGCAGUUCCAUGGAGGAGCCUGCUGUCAAACGGAGUCGGCUGACCCCGCCCACCUCCACCAUCUCCCGUCGCCCAGCCCAGCCCUUUCAGGGAAGGCCUUUCCCGGGGGGAUACCAGGGAAGGGCCACACGAAACCCCAGAGGCAGGGGCAGAGUCUAGGAAUUUUCAUCAGGCGCCGGUGCCCCGACGCCCCAUCGUUAAAUGCAUCAACAUCCCCCUUGGUUUGAAAUAAAUUCUUGAGUGUGCACACCCUUACAUGAGUGUCUUGUGACUCACUGUCUCCUCCUUCAGCAAGGAAAGACGGGAU